UUGAACUUGGACUCUGCUGCUCGCCUGACUAAUGAGUCUUUCAAAGCUUGGCGCCACUAAUGUAGCAGGCAGCUGUCCUCUUCAGAUCUUGUGUCUUUAUAUAAACUUUGACCUGGAGGCAUUUCUCUUAUGACAGUUCUCUUAUAGCACUCUUGCUUGUACUUUGGCGUCACUUGACUUUACAGCUGAACAUGAGCAACUUGAAAGCGUUCUGCUUCUUGUCUUUGGCUCUCUUUGCUAGCGUAAAGGGAGAUGUUCCUCCACCAUGUGACAGUGAAAUAUACUGCACCGGGCCCAUCUUGCACCAGGUCCAAGAAGCAAAACUGUUUGACGAUGAUAAGCAUUUUGUUGACAUGAAGCUGAGGUCGGCUCCUGAUGAUGUUUUGUCGGCCUUUCGCAAUCUUUCAAGCAAGUUUCCAAAUACAACCAUCCCGCCUGUGAAACUGGAGGAGUUUCUCAAUACAAGCUUUGAUCAACCAGGGACAGAGUUUGAGUCAUGGGCUCCGCCGGACUGGCAUGAGAAGCCAAACUUCCUGAGUGGGAUAGCAGAUGAUAAACUACGCGAGUGGGCAGAAAAGAUCCAUGGUCUGUGGAAAUCUCUUGGCAGAAAGAUCCAUUCUGAUGUUAAAGAUCACCCAGAGCUCUACUCUCAGAUUUACACCCCACAUCCCGUUGUUGUGCCAGGGGGGCGCUUCAGGGAGCUCUACUAUUGGGACUCCUACUGGGUCAUCAACGGGCUCCUGCUGUCAGAGAUGACAGAUACAGCCCAUGGAAUGAUCCAAAACUUCCUCUACCUUGUCAACAGAUAUGGCUUUGUUCCAAAUGGUGGGCGGAUUUACUAUGAAAGGCGCAGUCAGCCUCCAUUCCUCACUCUAAUGGUGGAGAGCUACUAUCAAGCAACCAAGGAUAAAGAGUUCCUCAGAGCGGCUUUACCAGUUCUGGAGGUGGAGUACCAAUUCUGGAUGGAGAACCGUUCUGUGGAUCUAGAAUUAAAUGGGAAGCAGCAUGUACUGAACCGGUAUUAUGUAGAGGCGGGCUUGCCCAGGCCUGAAUCUUAUCUGGACGAUCUGGAAUUAGCUGAGGGACUCACUGAUGGCAAGAAAGAGCAGCUGUGGAUGGAUCUGAAAACGGGUGCAGAGUCUGGUUGGGACUUUACUUCCCGCUGGUAUAUAGCUGAUGGCGGCGACAACAGUGGCACCCUGAGAGACACGCGCACCAGUCAGAUCCUGCCCGCUGACCUCAACGCUUUGCUGUGCCGCAAUGAGAAAACUCUUGCGUCGUUUCAUCGGCUGCUCGGUGAUAGUGACUCAGCUGCAGUAUACGACCAGGCUGCAGCGAGGAGGCUGGAGGCGAUAGAAUCUGUGCUUUGGGAUGCUGAGAGGGGAGCCUGGUUUGACUACAACCUGAUGACACGCUCCAAAAACUUUGAGUUUUAUCCCUCCAACCUGGGACCAAUUUGGGCACAGUGCUAUUCUCAGCCUGAGAUGGGAGAGAAGGCGGUACAGUAUCUGAAGGGGAGUGGAGCUCUCCAGUUUCCCAAUGGAGUUCCAACAUCACUGAAAGAGUCUGGGCAGCAGUGGGACUAUCCUAAUGCGUGGCCACCUCUGCAGCACAUGCUUAUCGAUGGUUUUUCCAAGCUACCUUCAGAGGAUGCUAAAAAACUCGCAUUCGAUUUGGCCCAGCGCUGGAUCAAGACAAACUGGCUGGCAUACAUUAAGUAUGAAGCCAUGUUUGAAAAGUACGAUGUGAACGGAGAUGGAAAACCUGGUGGUGGAGGAGAAUAUGAAGUUCAGCUGGGGUUUGGUUGGACCAAUGGCGUGGCGCUGCAGCUCCUAGACCAAUAUGGGGCGACUCUCACCUCAGGAGGGAGACGCGUCUGAUCUGGCCUCCUGCUGCCCCUGGUCAUCUUAGCUAGGAUCAUGCUUGAGUGAGUCGGAGGUGUCAGAAGGACCCGUUGGAUUUUUAUUAUUCCUGGUUUCACUCCUGCUACUGACAGACUUUAAACGCAAAUUGACAAUGAGACUUAAGCGCAUAUUGCACGCCUUCUAGACAUUUUACAAUCCCGAUAACUUGCAAGGAACCAGCUAUGAUUUAUUGUAACUAAGGAUUACGUUGCUGAAUAUUUUAGUAUGUAACCUCAGAGCUAAGUGAUGCAUGGUGUUAUCAGAAGCCGCAGAACAUUUUGGCAUUUCUGGCCUCUCUCCAGCGAUGCAGGCUGUUGCUCGCUGCUGCUUAGAUUACAACAUUAACUUGUCUUAGAUAUUGAACUGACAUUACAAACGGCUUUUUCACCUAAUUCAGUUAUAGAGUUUAUUGCUGUACUGUAGCUCAACUCCCACAGAGCCCCUUUAUUUGCAUGUAAACUGAAGUUGGAAUGGAAAUGAGUCCAUGUGAGAAAUAAAAUGUGGUCUGCUUGCACUAAAUAUUUUUAAACCAUCACAAUGCUUUAAUUCAUUUUUUUUUUUUACAUUUUUUUUUUUACAAGGCACCCGAUAAAUGUUAGAUGACAGUUUUAAUAUAUGGAAUUAUAAAUGCAUGAUUGGGGGGCUAAAUGUUGGGGUUUUUUUUGUUUUAAUAGAUGUGUUAUUAAAGUGUGGGGGAAUACAUUUUCCUACACAUCUACCAGCUGUGCAUUAGAAAAAUAACUGAAUGUUAGAAUGACCUUUGCUCCUUUUUGAAUAUGCACAGUAAAAGUGAAUAUGCCAACAAAGCAAGACAAAAAAACAGAAAGCAGUGGAAUUACAUACAUGCAUUGUAUUCAGUGUAUCCCUGGUGCAUUUAAAAGGCUAUUUAAAUCCACCAUGGGAACACGAGAAUGCAUCGCUAACAAUGCGAGCUACUAUUUAGAGAACUAAUUAAAUGUCUCUUGCAGUGGGGAAAAAACCCAAUGGUCUGUUAAUUGUUUCUUUAUAUGACAAUCUAAAAGAAUGCACUUUUCCUUUGUUUUCUGAACUGUUUUGCUGUAUUUUGCUAGAAGAACCACAGUACUGUUAAAUAUUUUACAUUAAAAUCAUUUAGUCAUCAUGGGUUAUGAGGCUUUAAAUUUGGCCUCGUUUAGACAAUAAAAAAAUCUUAAACCCUGCAGAGGCAUUGUACUCUGCUGAAUAUAACUUCAAACAAAAACUGUCAAUAAUUGAAGAAGAAACAAAGACAAAUCAACCCUUUUUUCCUAGGUCUGAUUGUACAAAGGAACUCUUUCUGUUUUUGCCAUUUAUGCCUACAUCUAUGGUGACAUCCUGGUCAAGCAUGAAAUUAAGUCUAUAUAGAUAUUCAAAUGGUUGUCAAAAAAGUAAUGAGAAAUUUGCCUUUUUAAGAAGAAAUUGCAUCCUCCUUUGGUGUGAAGAUGUGAGCCCUAAGCAGGGAUUUCACUGCAUCCCUCUCUUUAGCAUGAGUGAACACAACAGAUUGACUGCAAUUUAAAUAGGCAAAAGGCCAAUAGGUGCAGUAGUCCGUGCAACCCCAAAGAUCACACUGUAGUAAUGUCCUAUUGUGGGUCUCAAUCUACAAGGCAUAUAGCUGGCAGCUUCUUUUUUUUUAUUUUAUUUUUUAUAUACAUAUAACUCAUACAGUGGCAGCCUUGUGUGCUGUGUUUAGAGAUGUUUAAGCAGCAGGCAGCAGUCAUUGUGUUUUCAGCCCUUGCUGACAGCAGUAACUCAAGUAGAACCUGCUCUAUUUGAUAACUCCCACAUUAUCAUGCUGUUUUAGCAGAAAUGGGUUGUGCUCAGUUAAUGAGAUCGAGCUCUAAAGUGUGGAAAAAAGUCGUCCGGCAGUAAAGCGGCAAUGAGGUGACAAGGCGGUGCGUUUGUGUGCACACAAGCAUGUGCAUUUAAUUACAAGUACCUGAGGACAUUAUUUUAAGAAGCCCACUCGUUGGGUGGUGCAUGAAUUGUAAAGUACUGGUGACAACUGGAUUACAUGUUGUUUUGGAAGCAAAGGUCAGAGUGUCUUCUUGUCAGCAGUCAUCCAGUAACAACCCCUGUGUACAAAAGCAGCAUACUAACUUUGCUUAAAGUUCACAUUUUUCUAUUAUUUUUUUUAUCAAUCUGAUACAUUUUUGUGAUGUUUUUACCUGAUGCAGAAAAGGUGCACUUAAAGCCAUGUGAUGGAUUUGGGGAUUAUUUUUUUUAUUUUAUUUUAAAUUCCACAUGUAAUCCCAUUAAUCUUCUCUACUCUGUGCACCUCUGGCCUUGGAUAUGUUAAUAGUACUAGUGGCACAGAAGCAGCCCCCGAUUUCCAUAAUGAGAAUAAGAUGCAGGGUGAUAUGCAAAAAUGUGUGAAAUCUUAUCAAAUGGCAGCAAAGGUGGGGGGAUAAAAUAGGUAGGCAUGGCAGACAAUAGAGGUAGAUGUGUCUGCGUGGCUUUGAAUGGAAGCCCAUGCUUCAGUGCUGCCUCCUGGCUCAGCUUUCACUAGCCUCUACAGCACACAUCACAGACUGCACGUUAUCCACUGAGUCCUCAUGGUGCCACUCUGUGCUGCAGAACCCUGCUUUGCUCUGCCAGGAUAAUCCCCACCCUACCUACUUACAUCCCUGCAAUCUGUGAAGACCCACAGUGGAGAUGUGCUGGGAGGGAGGCUGUCUGUCCUCUGAUGGUGAAUCAAAGAGCCAGACGUGGUUCCUUGGCCACCACUGACUCCUAUUCAACAUGCUCUAAUCAAUCACUAAUUUGAGGGAUCACGCCUGUCUUUCUGUGUAAUAUUACCUUAAUUAUGACUGCGGCCUCCACAAGAAAUGUUGUCUCCAUCUUGGUAGCUAAACUGUUUAUAGAGGAAAGCAACUCCUUGACCUCUAAACUGGAAAGAUUGGCUACAUUGGAGGCAUUAUACAGAUAGAGAAGGGACAGCUUAGUAAUAUUGAUUCUGUACUGUCCGGCUAUCUGACUUUUUAUAAUCAAUAACUCUUGAAGAAUCGUUUCUAUAGAAUUUCUCCUGCAUGAGAUUUUAAAAUUCAGUCUAACAGUCGAAGAGCUUCUAGUGGGAGACUUUAACGUCUUGGCUCAUCUGCAGCGUUCAAUCUAGUGAGAAAUUUUUCAACAAGUGAGAGCUCAAAAUAAUUUGACCUUCCUUGUGAAUUCCAUAAAUUUUUUUAAUAAAAGGCUUCUUGUUGGCUCUCACACACAUUUGUUGUUAGUGCAGCUGCAGAUAUAUUCUGGUUUACUUACAACCGGUUACGUUUACGGCCACAUCUAGAACUACAGCCAACUGGCCAACAUUUUAUAGGCUGUUUAAAAACUUUAUUUUAAAGUGUCGAAUUAAUAUCUAAACUAAAUAUGCACAAAUAACUUACUGGUA